CGACUCAUAACCGUCUUUCUUUUUUCCCCUGAAAUCGCAUAGGGUCCGUGGCAACCAGCAGCCCAGCGACAACAGAAUGUCUUCAGACGAAAUUCGACCCGUAAGUGGAGGGCCAGCUCCUGUUGAAGCGCAAGCCCAGGCACAGGCUCCGGCCGCGGAACCAACCCCAGCCGCAGCUCCAGCUACAACUCCAGCGCCGAAAGCGCGACAACCCCCGAUCGCCGGAUAUCGAAACCCAAUCCACAAUCCAUUCCCAGCCUCCCUUGCCAGCGAAUGUCGAAAAGCAGGCCAAAUCAUCGAUUCUUUCGUGAAUCCCAAAUAUGCUGGGCUAGAAGGUGCAAUUCCCCUGCGCAUCCUCGCCCCAGCCAAAGGACUGGUAAUCUGCAGCGUCUUCAAAGCCGGCUUCCUCGGAUCUGUCCGCUUUGGCUCCGGACUGAUCGUCUGUCGCCUCCCUGAUGGCAGCUGGUCCGCCCCCUCAGCCAUCUCGCUAGGCGGGCUAGGCGCCGGGGGCCAGUUCGGCAUGGAAUUCACCAAUUUCGUAUUCGUCCUCAACACCGACGCCGCAGUCACGACUUUCAUUAACUCCGGCACUCUGACUCUGGGCGGUAACAUCUCCAUUGCCUUUGGAACUGGUCGAAGCGCCGAGACUGCGGCUAUGAUCGGGACUAAAGGUGUUGCGGGCAUCUUUGCCUAUUCCAAGACCCGUGGUGUGUAUGGCGGGCUGACCCUUGAGGGGGGCAUGAUUGUGGAGCGGUCAUCUGCAAAUAAGAAGCUGUAUGAUCGCAAGUUGAAAGCGAAGGAGCUUCUGACUGGUGAAGUUCCGCCGCCGCCGCAGGCUGAACCGCUCAUGCGUAUUCUUAACUCGGAGGCUUUCCGGUUGCCAUCUGGAGGUGACCAGUCUGCGCCUGCCACAGGCGCAGGCGCUCCAGCUACAGAAGCCCCUGCACCAGAGCCCCAGGCUGCAAAUGCUCCUGCUGCAGAAGCUCAGGCUGUAGAGACUCAAAAGGUAGUUACACCUGCACCAGACGCUCCGGUUACGGAAGCCCCCGUUGCAGGAGCUCACGCUACAGAAGCCCAGGCUGCAAAAGAUCAAGCAGCAGAGACUCCCGUGACUGAAGCUGCAUCUUCGCGGCCAGUGGGGCCUGCCGCAAGUGGUGUCGUGUCAGAAGCAGAAACUCAAGCACCUCAAGCACCUCAAGCACCAAAAACGGAAAUUGAUGCCCUGGAUUCAUCGGAGAAAGCCCGUGAACAGCUUCCAGAGCCUUCUGUCGCUCCCGAGAAUGAUGAGGAACAUGAAGCCGAGGGAAAUCCUACCAUUGAUGCUCUGGGCGCAUCAAAAUAUACCCCAGAAACGACCGCAAAGGCCGAUGUAACUCUUGUGGAUGAGACGCAGCCUCCGCCCCCAUCUCAGCCUCAUUCCGAGUUCAAAGAGUCAGCAGCUGUCAUCUCCGGUGAUACUUCCAAAGAAACAAAAUCUUGACAAGAUGGAACUUAAUACCCAAAUCUCCCGGAUGUUUGUUCAAGUCCAUAUUUUUGUCGUUUGAAGCGGUUGUGUCGAGAUAUCCUCUUGUGAUACUGUUCCACUUAUUUGCUGCCUAGAGCUACUUUCCGUGGGGACAAUUGAACUCCCGCAGCUUAUUUCAAAGCAUUA